UUACAGUAUUUAACACUUUUUUUGUAUUGGUUUGAAAUUACCACAGUGCAUUCAUUUCAUUCAGGCUCCACAGGAAACACCCGCUCACUGUUGGAACUCGGCCACCACUGUGUCCUGGAGGAAGUGAUGGGACGCUCCUCAGUCCAGCAGGACCCCAGGGCCCCGGGUGGCCACUGCCACCGCAUUUCCAUCUGACAGCCUCUAGAGGGAGCACCAACCUCUUGUCCUGUCCAAGUUUCAACGACCGCGGUCUCCUGUUGCUCCGCCUACGCCCUCCUCGUCCCUCGACUGGGGCUGCUGGGUGGUGAAAUUGUCCUGUAAUGCCUCCCAGCUCCACCUUUGGCCAAUAAGGAAGCAGCAUUUCACCAGCAUAGAUUGUCUCCUCCCUCGUCUCUGACGGUCUGUCCAGAUCACGGUCCAGAGCUCUUCACAGGAGCCAGACGAUGAAGCCUUUUCUCUGUUAAGUUCGCCAAUCAAGGCCCGCGUUGGUGUGCAGGACUUAAGUUCCAAAAGAAUUCUUUAAAUCACUGUCACUUAAAGUCUGUUAACUCAGAUUUAUUUCAUGCCAUAUUUAAAGCUCUUCAAGCUGGUUUUUAGAAAUCAGCUAAGCCAGAAUAUUUAAAGUAUUUAACUGCAGUUCUGUACACUCAGGCAGACCCUCGACGUGUUCACGCAGGCCGUUUUACAGACAGUAAUGACAGAUGCUCAGAUCCCUUGUGAUCUAUGCAGCUUUCAUUGUACACCAACAUUUAUUGAACGUUGGUUUUAGGCCACAAAAUUGACAGUCGGCCUGUUUUUGGUAAGUUUAAAAAUGCCAAGCAGCGAGUCAUUGGCAAUUUAUGUCAACAUUUCUGGCUUUAAACUAUCCCUGUAUGAUUUUCCUAGAUCCAGUUUGGGUACAAACCUCAUGCAAACAUAGAACAAUAUUUUUAUGUUUUUCCUCUGUGGUUGAUGUGAUUUUGGCUUAGUAAUGGGUCCCCCAGACUCCUUUGACCUCUUUUUAUUUUUGUCUUUCACUCAGCAGGCCAAAUCUACUGAGUUUGGAUCUUGAGAACUAUUUCUCCAGUACACUAGUGCAGAGCAGUGAUGUCUGAGCCAAGUGUGCCACUGUGGAAGUUGCUCCCGUCGUACCAGCAGCUGCCAGCAGGAGGAGCAGGCACAAAGAGUUUUCUGUUCAGCACAUUGCCGGCUUGUCAUCAGCAUCCCUUUUAGGGAAGAUCUAUAACUUCACAGCUUGAGGUGCUAGACAGGGAAUGUUAUUGCUGUGCACCAGAUGAACGAGUCGUGUUUGAAGCCACUUGCCAGCAGCGCUUUGAUGGAUCCUGUGUGGUAGAAAUACCCCACACAUUGCCAGCAUAUGCACCCCCCCCACACACAAGCACACACACCUGAGGAAGACAGAGCUGUAUUGAGCCUGUGUGCUCAGGGCAAACACCAAACAACAGCAUAAGAUGUCAGGUGUGUUUGCUGCUCACCGUUAUUUUCUGUUCUCACGCAGUGCAAUAAUUACUGAACUUCUGAGCAUAAAUUUCCUCGACUGUACGUUUAAACCUGACCCCAAACAAAUCAGUUUUAAAAGUCCAUUUUUCAAAUUUUUCUCCUUUCGUGCUGCAGCUGCAAUUUUUGACCGGCAAAACAUAUUUUUAAUGCUUUAUAAAGACAUAAUGAGUUGUAAACAACGUCUGCUAACAUAAGCUGAAUUAAAGAUGCAGUCAGAGACAAUUUAAGUAAAAAAACAUUUAGCUUGCUGAUUAAAACCAUCCACUGUCAGCAACUCUGCGUGUUAAUUGCAAUAAAUUAAAGACAACAUAUCCAUGUUUACAUGCAUAUCGGAUCAAAGUGUCAUGUCUGUCGCGUCACAGUAAAUAAUGAAAACAGUUGUUAGUGUAGAAUCAGAUUUGUGCAAACUUCACGACUCUAUGAUUUAUUAAACUUGUUUAAUGCGAUACACAAGCAAACUGCCCACUCUGUUGUGCAGCUUGUUGUCUCUGCAAAGUCCAGACUGUCGGGAUGGUAAGAAACUUUGGAAUGACUAGUGACAACAUUUAGCAAAGCCAAAUUACUGGUCAGCCACGGUCCCCGUGUUCUUUCAGCUGUAAUGACAUGCUGGGCUUUGGGUAUACACAGACCAGCUCUGAGCCAGCAUACACUUAGAUGACUGAGAGGGCCUCCUGAGCAGAGCUAAAUCUGGGUGAAACUGAGAAUGGGUCCCACAUAAAGUAUAUAAUUCUGCAUUUUAGGGCGGUUGGUCUUGCUUUCAUGCCAGAUAAAAUAUGUCAGACAGAGAGGAUCCCUCAGAAAAACAUCAUCGUGGUGGCUCUCGCAGCUGGACAUGAAGUCAGUUCCAGAACAUCUAAAAUGUACCUGCAUUGUGGUGAAGGCUGCAUGUUGCUCCAAAUAUGAAAGCCAAGCAGCAGAUUCUGGGCCUGAAAAAUUAAGGCAGUGCAGAAAUGCCAAAAAAUGCAGUUCAUCAAAUGGCCACGUAAGGCUGGCUCCAAAAGCGAGUCAUUUCUCAUAGACCCCCAUGUUCAAAUACCCAAUAAACAUGUUUACACAUUAGUACAAAAAUGGUUUGCUUCCUAAAGCUAAAUUCACCCUUCACGACAACUGUACCCUUAAAGUUACGCAUAAUGAAGUGCGUUACCACAGCGGUCAGCGAGGCGUCAUCUCAGCUAAUUCAACUCACUGCUCUCGACCUGUCGGCCAUGUUGCCUUUUGGCUUGCCCUGCAGUUAAUCACACUAACAGACCAUCCAACAAGUCUGCGCUCCACCUCUUUGCGCAUUUUUUGAAGAGUUAGGCGGAGUCUGGCACCGGCAGUGUGGUGACACCCAAACACCAAAGAGAUGAAGAAUCUCCAUAGUAUUACACUGUGAACCGUGUGGACAAGUUGUGGUGACACAAGUCUGGAAGACUUACAGAAGAGCCUGUUGAGCUGAAACGUGUGAGCAGUUCUCCAUUCAGAAAGUCUGCAUGGUGUUUCUGGUUUCAUGGUUUCUCAGAAUGUUCACAUUUAAUCAAGAGAAGGUCUGAAGAUCAACAAGUACUGAAUUUAAUCUUGUAUCUUUAGUGCACGAGCUGUGCACACAGAAGGUGAGAAGUAUUUUAACUGGAGGGAUUUCCAAGUGCCGCCUCUUAAUUCCACUGUCCUGACAAGAGCGACUGGGCAGGACUGUGUGUCGGAGGAUUAACGAGUUUCUGUCUGUGAGCCAGGAGCGAACGUGAUAGGCCUGAAAUCUGUCUGUGAGGGGAAACCGUUAGAUGGAGAGGAAGAGGGGGGCGGAAGAAGACAGAAAAAGGAAGAGGGAGGGUAGUAUUUUCAUCCUGCAGCAUCACAGUUAUUUAUCCCGCCGCCUUGGCGUGUUUUGAUGGUGCAGUAAUGGCCCGGAUGGGACUGAGCUGAAGGCUGAGAUGAAAAGCUCUUUGAUGGCUUGUCAGAGGACAGACAGACUGGAAUGAACUCAAGGCCAUAACAGCUCGGAUUGUUUUCAUUGCUGGUUUUCCCUGACCUCAUUAAGCGGCUGCUGUGUCUGUGUACAAAUACUGUAGGGCUGCAUGCUCAGCCUCUUGUUUUGGAAAUCAAUCAUUUAUGUUUCCUUUGAUCUUUUGUGCUUUUGUCCCGAUUCAGUUCCCAUCCUCCUCCACCCUCACUCCUUCCACUUUCAUCUCUUGGAUCUUCUCCGUUGCUCUUGAAUGGUUUUCAUUGUUUGUGAAAUCAGUCUUAAAUUGUAUUCAUAAUGCUCUUAGAAGCCUUUGAUUUAACUUGUUGAAACCCGCAGAAACCGUCUGUUUUAUGUUUCUUACUUCUUCAUAUUUCUCUCUAACUUGUCCAGGGAGGUCUCAGCAUCGUCCAGUUCACGCAGACACAGUUCAACACAUUCACACAUGGAAGCUGCCCAGUGCAGCCGCACUCACACUUGUUGGUCGCUGAGCGGCUGCAGCUGGCGGUUCGGGACCUUGCUCAAGGGCACCUCAGUUGUGUUUUUGAUGGCAGUCGCUGAUCUUGCACUUUCUUUUUCCACCGUGAGUGCUGGGAUUACACUGGCAGCUUUCCAGCCACAUGCCCACUUCCAUAACCGUAUCGGUCACGUUAAACAGACGAAAGCCCUCGGUGGACCUGCUGGGUUUAAGGUGCCCCACUCUGCGAGUUAGCGUUAAAAUGUGCACGUAAAAAGGCCACAUUUUCAUGAUUUGAUGAUGAACACCACGGCAUAGUCACACAACUGAUCCAAAUUUCAUUUAAAAUCCAGUCCACAUCACUGAGUUUAUCCAGCAGGUUAAGUUCAACCUACCCACAACACUAUAGUGUACAUAGGUAAUGAAAAGUGAAGCUUUGUGACUUGACUUUGUUUUAUUGCAGAUGUUUGUGUGGUUUGACUGUAUUUCUGAAGUUGUUACUGUUUGCCUUAUUUCACUGAAGUCUUUAACAGGGUUGUUGCAGCAGUAGUUCUACUGGGAUAAAUUUCCAAACGCUCAAACACAACACGUCAUCUAACAGUGUCUGUAGGAAAAACACGUCCAAUGUUAACUUCCUGGCACUCGGUCUAACCCUUUGCACUUCUGCACCGUGUUUGUUCAUAUCUUCCAUCUUGUGUCUUGUUCCCCUCACUCAGCCCACGUUCUACCACCUCCCAGGGCUCUUCUUCAUGUGCUUCACUCCCUCGGUGAACUGCGUCUUCAUCCUCUCAGUCACAUCUUUCUCGUAUCCCAGGGUUCUCUCUGCUCCACUACUGUACCCAGAGAGAGAGAGAGAGCCCUGGUCUAAGCAGCUUCCUGUCUCACAAAAGACCCCUCUGUUUCCCCCCUCUGUGUUUCCUCCGCUGCCACCCUACCCCCUUCCUCAACACCCCUGUGGUACAUUCCCUCCCUCUCCCCUGGUGCAUUCCUCAUUGACCUCGGCCGGCUGAGGAGUCCCUCUGUCAGCGGGGUCUGUGAGACCGGGACUGAGACUUACCUGAUCUGUGGAAGCAGUUUUUAGCAGUUUCAGUUCAGGACAAAUCAGCCCAGAGAGUGUGGCUUUUAAAUAUGUCUUGAGUUAACUUUCUUGCCACAGAACAGACUGCGUGGAGCUCAGCUUAGUGAGCUAUGCGUGCAACAGAACAGCAUCAAGUCAUUCGGUCUGAACAAAGUGAAGCUCUCCUACACCAAAUUCUUUAUUUUCUGAGUGCAUUUUCAUUCCCAUGACGCGACCGCUUACCAGAUGAUGUUUCAUCAGUGAGGGCUAAAUGGCAACGUAGCAUAAAGAAACAUUAUUGUUAUUGGUAUUGUGGCAUGCGAGAGUAACAUAACUGAUGGCAGUUAAAACUCUUUGGCAGGCCUCAGUUUGGGGUGUUGUGAGAUGAGGGUUUGACCUGCAAGCCAAUCAGAAACGAAUGCUUUGCUUUGGAAGUGUGUGUAGGCGAGAAUCUGGCGAUACGAUACGUGUCAUACAACGGUUACGAUUCAGAAUAUUGCAACAUACUGCGAUACUGUAAGGAAGGCGAUGUGUUGUGUUGUAGGCCUGUUUUCUUUGUGUUUGCAUGAGCGAAGUGUGCUGAACUUCUUCCUGUUCCGGCUGAUGUCGCGGUGGAGAAGAAGACUCAAAGGGCUGAAGACGCCCUUGUCUCCGUCUCGUCCAUCUCUUGAAGUGUUGACCCAGAUGUUGCCACACCAGGCAGUUCUAUCAGCUGGAUACAAGAAGCACUUUGACAUUACACACAGUUCAGAUUCCAGUGCCAUCUGAGUCGAUGGAGUGUCAGAAAUGACCUCUUCCAGACUGAAUCUUCAUCAGGUCCCAUCACCUACAGGGUCACAAAAUGGCAGCAAAAGCUAAUAGAAGCAGGCCUGAGAACCUGCUGAGGACCUGCUCGGGGCCCGCUGAGGACCUGAUGAGGACCUGCUGAGGACCUGAUGAGGACCUACUGAGGACCUGCUCGGGGCCCGCUGAGGACCUGCUGAGAACCUGAUGAGGACCUACUGAGGACCUGCUCAGGACCCGCUGAGGACCUGAUGAGGACCUGCUCGGGGCCUGCUCGUUCACCACUUGGACCCUCGCGGACAUGAAAAGUAUUGUUCUCCUCUACAUAAAAACACUUUAAACGCCAUCAAGUCCUAGAAGCAGAAAGAUUCACCACACCUGCUUUUUGAUUUUUAUUCUGUGGUCCAAUUUAACAACAAAAGUGAACUUUAUUACUGCGGUUCAAUAAAAGUAAAACAAGGAUAAAUCCAUUAAGAUAGGAUACAAGAAUUUAGAAAAUGCAACCAAAAUAAAAUGAUUCAAAACCUGAAACACGAAUGUGUGGAUAGAUUUACAUCAUCACUUUGAAAUUAAAAAUUAAUUCUCAUAAAUGAAUCCUGAAAUAGCUGGAUCAGAUUGAUAUGUGAAAUGGGUCCAUAAACCUGAACACAAACACACACACAUACGCCCAGACAGCGAACGGAAACUAAGAGGUGAUUAUAAUCCACAAUAUUUAUCUUUGACCUUCAUCUAAUUAACAAACAAACAACAGACAAGAGCGCAACUUUCUGUCGUGUCUGUGAUGAAAUGCCUUGAAUAUGAGUCCUGGAGUCAAAGUGGAUAAAUAUUGUACAUAUGCACAUGCAAAGUCUAGCACAAACACAUACCACAGAUGUCUCUUGGGGUGUCUCUUUUUACCACUUGUGGCAUCUGCUUUCAGAACCCAAAGAGGCCAGAACCAAACAGUCUAAAAACACUCGAUCCACUGUGUCUGGGAAGCCAAAAUAAAAACCCAGAGCUGCCGCAGAGCGUUUCCUGCACUUUUUGAUUUAGUAUGAAAAACACAGCAGUGAAAACAACAGCAGAGUGAAAAUAAGGCCCAGCUACACAUGCAGGUAAAUCACAAACUCUGGCUUCAUGUUGUUAACAUUAACUGCUCUGAUAUAUUUUUUCAAUUCCAUCAAAGAAAUAUUUUGUGGGUUUUUUCUUUACAUGUCAGAACAAAUGCUAUAUAUAUAUGUCAUGUAUAGGCCUAAAAACGGCCCUGCUUUCCUUAUGAUUCCUAAUGGAUAAUUGCUGGAUGCGGCAGCCUGGUUGAUGGUUUCAGGGGAAGAUCACACGGCGGCCGCUCCUUCUCAUUCGACGUAACAUCAAAGCUCGCCCCUGUAGUUUCUUAUGACAAGGCAGUACAGUUUUCUUCUUUUGGCAGACCUGAAUGCAGACCCAAAGACAGAACGCCACAGCUGAAGUGAAGCUAAAACACGGCCUUCUCGCUUAAGCGGGAGUCUUUACUUUUUGUCGGGAUUUGGGUUUCCAGAAGACGUUUAUUCCCGGGGUUCACUCAGAAAUUUGAACAACAUCCACUUUUAUUUCACAGCUUCAGUGACACAAAUGUUUAGUUUAACGUAAACUUGUAGCAUGUUUCUGUUUAGUCUGCUGCCAUAGUUUACCUCAUACCUACACUGCAAAGUGAGGUCUUCUUCUGGGUUUUCUCCUCGUGGGUUUACUGUGCCGCACUGAUGAUCUCUUGAUGCAUUUGAAAGGAAUUUAACAUGUAAUGUGCUUGGAUAAAACGCUGUUAGAGUCAAGCGAUUAUUUCAGAUAUUCAAAAUUGUAUUUUUUUUUAACCACAGUUCUCAUUUAUUAAAUUUACUUUCAACCUUUGAAAUUUUAGUUUUGAUGUUGUGAUUGACGAGGUUGUUGUGAUGAUCGCCUUGUGUUUGGAGACAGCAGCACGACAUAGAAAAAUCUGAUCCCUGUGAGGGUUGUGUGUCCUGUUGCAGUCCUUCAGUCCUCAUGUUGGGCAGGACACUAAAACCUGUGAACCCCUGCAGGUGAGGAUAAGUUAAAAGAGACGUUCGACAGGUUGCAAAAGGAACGUUACUUGCUUUUCGUUUCAUUUCUACAGAAUAAGUUAAGUGUGUGACCCACGACACACAUGACUGUACGUUUAGAUGAUCAUGUUGCAAGUCUGUUUUUUUUUUUUUUCAUUUUUCAGAAAUGUUAUGCAAGUCGUUUUAAAAUCCAAACCAGGGAUCACCAAAGUAGGUAAAAUAAUUCCUUUAUUUUUAUGGAGUUGUUUUGCAUUUUGCUACCUUGUCGUGUUGGGGGAAAAAAAAUCAGAGUUUGUUGCUUUCCGCUCUAAAGUAUUCCAGAAGUAAUCGCGUAUCUGCCAUUAGAACGUGGUGUUUUGUUUUAUUUAAUGUAAGGCAAAAGGAAACCACUGAGCGUUAACUGUUUUGCUCAAAGACUGAACGAUAGCGAGGAGAGUUUAUCAUGGAAACCCCACAGAAUGCAAACACACGCCCCUCCUUGUCCCCUCAGAGAAUCAGGGAGUGAGAAGGAGUGAGUGGUAUAGAGCAUCAAGGGAUAAUUACAGUUAAUUACUGCUUUCUGCAGUCAAAGAAAGUGACUAAACACGGCCUGUGCGACUGCAGGAAGGUUUACGAGGCAGACGGCUGGGCACAGGGAAGAUGCUGCUGAGUGUUUAUGACAGGUAGGGAUAUGAAAGUCACUUUGAAGUUAUGAAAGGAAUGUCUCUGUGAGAUUACUGCCAACGCUGGUUUGAAGCUUAUGUGCCAGUGAUUUGAGAUCUUCUCAAACUAAACUUUACUUGGCAAAGAAUGUGGUAACGACAAAAACAGAUAAAUGUGCUUCUAACUGUGACGUAUUCAUACUGAGGUCCAGAAGUGUUUUAUUCUGUUUGUUUAAAAUAAAAAUACUGACAAACAGUCGUUUUUGGGCAACAAUUAAAGCAAGAUGCAACAUGACCGUCAAGAGAGAAUAUCACAGCCCAACUCACCUUCUUUGUCUGCCACGCGAGUCAACAGGUAAAUAAUGUGAAUGGAUCCACACUCGUGUGCCAGUUACUGCAACCUAAAUAAGUAAGAAACAACACAGACUGAAUACACAUUUCGGUUCACACACGUGUUGUUAUGGGCUGUCAGGUAUUCUCUUACAGGUGUGACAAAAGCACCAGUGAGAUGGUGGAAAGUCACAAAGUGUUUUUUACAGCAGGAAUACAGUGAAUUCCUCUCCUGUGAAGCUUGUGAUGUUCUGUUUCUGUCUUCUCUGAGAUUGCAGUUUGUGAUGCUGUUGAAGCCGACUUCAUCGUGUUGUCAUGCAGCGUAGAGACGAAGACUGUUGGCCAUUUUCUACUUUGACGGGUAAAAUAUGUUCAUUUAUCUCACAUGUUCUCUCUGACUCCCUCAGACUGCUGACAGUAGGGAUCAUAUUCCCACUAUGUGUUCAUGCACUUGGUGAUUGUUGUCAUGAGAACAUUCAGACUUAAAAAUGUUAUGAAAAUACAUUUUGUCGCUAAUUGUUUGGAUCAGUUGUAGGCUCGAGCCCAAACUGUUUGACCAUCACAGAACACAGUCACGUGUGACCACAGACUCUUCUAACAACUCGUUUUGCCUGGUAGAACUGCAUCCAAACUGUGAGACAAUCGGAGCUACAGAUGACUUGCAGAAGUUGACUUGGACUCGGGGGCACAAGUUCAUUACGCACCACGCGAGUUGUUUACAGAUGAUUUCUCCUCGUGUCUGUUUACCUUCCCUUCACUCCCCCUCUUUCUCUUUCUCUCUUCUGUCUGCUCACCUGAGCUGAUGCUGCAAAACAAGGCCACGUGGGACUGACCAAUCAGAACGAGAGGAGAGUUCCAUGGACCGAGUGAAAGGGGCGUGCUCAACCAGGCCGGCGAACUACUGCAACACUAUGGAUACUGGAGCUUGUCCCUUCCGGAAGAAACGGAGACCAUGGCGCAUGGACUUCUCAUCCUUCGCCUUGGUAACCGUGGCGCUCGCCGUGUGCCAAACGACCGUGGUUCGGGCAGACCCAGUGGACGUGUUGCGGGCUCUGCAGGUUCCCUCUCUCCCCGAAGGCGUGAAGAAAGUCCCCGGCUUCUGCACGUCCCGCCGCUCCAGCAGCCCCGACCAUGCUUACCGCAUCACCAAGAAGGCCCAGAUCUCCGCCCCCACCAAGCAGCUCUUCUCAGGUCGAUUCCCAGAGAACUUCUCCAUCAUGGCUCUGGUCAAGGCUCAGGCUGGACUCCAGGCCUUCCUCCUCUCGAUCUACAGCGAGCAGGGCAUCCAGCAGCUGGGCAUUGAAAUGGGACGCUCCCCUGUUUUCCUGUACGAGGACCAGAACGGCAAGCCAGCCCCUGAGGACUACCCACUGUUCAGAGGCGUCAACCUGGCUGAUGGCAAGUGGCACCGCAUCGCUUUCUCCGUUUCAAAGAAGAACGUGACUCUGCUGCUGGACUGCAAGAAGAAGAUGACGCGUCCUCUGCCCCGCGGCAACAACGCAGAGGUCGACACCAACGGCAUCACGGUGUUCGGAGCUCGUCUGCUCGAUGAGGAGGUUUUCCAGGGAGACAUCCAGCAACUGCUGAUCGCCUCCAAUCCCCAGGCUGCCUAUGACUUCUGUGAACACUACAGCCCUGACUGUGACUCCCCACUGCCCAAGACCCAGGCUCAGGACCCCAACACAUACAAGAAGGCCGUCAAUGGAAAAUCAACCCCCACUAAAUCUACCCAUGUCAAAGCAAAACCCACACCAGCUAAGCCAGCCAAGACUGGGUCAUACAAACUUGUAGUGAAGCCGCCUCUUCCCACCAAAGCAGCAAAAUCUUCCACAGUCAAGCUAUCCAAAGCCAAGCCCACUGCAGUCGAGAUCUUUUUGUCUAAGAUCAAACCGACAGCAGCAGCUAAGUCUAAGCUCACAGUUUCCUCAGCUAAGAACGGCAACGGUAAUUCAGCUGCACAGAAGAAAGCCAACAACAAUGGCAAUGGGAAAGUAGUUGUGACAAAAACAAAUGGCAAUGGCAAAGCUGAUGCCAAGCCUACAGCUCAGGCCAAAGUGAAUGGAAAUGGCAACGGCAAGGUUGUAGUUGAGAAGAAAAUCAGUGGAGCUGGACAAGUCACUAUUGUGUCUAAGGUCAAUGGAAAUGGCAAAACUUCAGCAGAGAAGAAAGCCAAUGGAAAUAGCAAAACCACCAUUGAGAUUAAAGAGGUUAAAGUCAAAGUUAACGGCAAAGCUGAGAAUAAAGUCAAUGGUGAAGCUAAGGCUAAUGGCAAUGGCAAAGUUAUUACUGUGGUAGAAAAGAAAGUCAUCACUAAUGGAGCUGCAAAUCAGGCGAGAAUUGAAACCACUACAAAAUCAAAGACUGACAAAGUUGUUAAAGUAGAAAAGACUGUGGUCACUGCAGCUAAAGCAGCUGCCAAAGUAGAAGCUGCCAAGGCACCUAAACCCACAAAAGCAUCAAAACCUGAACCUACAAAAGCGGCAAAGGCUGUGGCCACCAAAGCUGCAGCAGAGAAAAUACAAGUCACCAAAGUCAAAACUGUGGUCACCAAAAUCCCUCUGGUCAAAUCAACAGUGAGCAAAGUCGUGAAAAAUGUCGUCGAAAAUGUUUCCAUCCUGAAGAAAGCAUCUUCAACAUCUUCCCCUGUGCGGCCCACUCCACCCCGACCCACGAAAUCCAAGACAGUGGUGGACAUUAAUAUCAAAUCCCAUCACAAACCUUUCCCACCCUUUGGCAAGACUGCGCUGAGUGGAACUGCCCUGCCAGCGAAGAAAAUUACCAACGGUUAUCAACAGGAUGUAGACACUGAAUAUUCCGAGGCUGGCCACACCCCUACAGAGACUGACUAUUACUAUGAGGAGGUCCCAGUGCCAGACGGUGAGGUGAUUGGACAAGAAGAGACCCCUUUACAGCCCCAGGUGGAGCCAGUGCUGGUGGGAGAGGAGGUAGAUGCCACCAAGGCAGGCGGUGAGGGCGAGGAGGUCUUCACUGAGGAGUAUGUGACUGGGGACGUGGGCCUUAAGGAAUACGACUAUUCCUACAGGGACUACAGUGAGCCAUUACAUGAGACUGGAGAGGUCGAUGCCAACAUGGGCCCUGCCCUGUCCGCUGUGACAGACGAGGGAGGCGCUGCUGUCAGAGGCCAGAAAGGGGAGAAAGGAGAACCUGCUGUCCUGGAGCCUGGCAUGCUGAUUGAAGGGCCCCCAGGACCUGAGGGACCUGCUGGUCCUACUGGCCCCCCUGGCUCCUCUGGACCUCCUGGCUCUGUCGGUGACCCUGGUGAGAGGGGCCCCCCUGGUAAGCCUGGUCUUCCUGGAGCUGAUGGCAUCCCAGGACCUCCUGGAACCUCAGUCAUGCUGCCUUUCCGUUUUGGUCAGAGUGGAGGCGAUAAGGGUCCAGUAGUUUCUGCACAGGAAGCCCAGGCGGCGGCCAUCUUGUCUCAGGCCAGAAUGGCUCUGAAAGGACCUCCUGGACCAAUGGGAUUCACUGGACGCCCUGGACCCCUGGGAAAUCCAGGAAGUCCUGGUCUGAAGGGAGAGCACGGAGACCCCGGCCCUCAGGGCAUCAGGGGAGCCCAGGGUGUGAUGGGACCUCCAGGCAAAGCAGGAAGAAGAGGCCGUGCUGGAGCUGAUGGUGCCCGGGGAAUGCCAGGAGAGUCGGGACCCAAGGGCGACCGUGGCUUUGACGGACUUCCUGGUUUGCCCGGUGACAAAGGACACAGGGGUGACACAGGAAUCAUGGGACCCCCAGGAUCUCAAGGGGAGGACGGAGAGAGGGGAGACGACGGAGACGUUGGACCCAGGGGACUCCCAGGUGAACCAGGACCUCGUGGUUUGCUCGGACCUAAAGGUCCUCCUGGAAUCCCUGGACCUCCUGGUGUGCGAGGAAAUGACGGACCUCACGGGCCCAAAGGAAACUUGGGUCCCCAAGGAGAGCCAGGACCUCCAGGUCAGCAGGGAAUCCCGGGUACUCAGGGAAUGCCAGGACCUCAGGGAGCUCUUGGACCCCCAGGAGAGAAAGGUCCCACAGGAAAACCAGGACUGCCAGGAAUGCCUGGAGCAGACGGUCCUCCUGGUCACCCAGGAAAGGAGGGGCCUUCUGGCACCAAAGGAAACCAGGGUCCCAGCGGUCCCCAGGGAGCUAUUGGCUAUCCUGGCCCUCGUGGCAUCAAGGGAGGUCAGGGAAUUCGCGGACUGAAGGGCCACAAGGGAGAGAAGGGUGAAGAUGGUUUCCCUGGAAUUAAGGGAGAUUUUGGUGUCAAGGGAGAGAGGGGUGAGAUUGGAGUAUCAGGACCCAGAGGAGAGGAUGGUCCAGAGGGGCCUAAAGGUCGUGUCGGACCCCCUGGUGAGGUUGGACCAAUUGGACUUGUUGGAGAGAAGGGUAAACUUGGUGUACCUGGACUUCCUGGAUAUCCUGGAAGACAAGGACCCAAGGGAUCUCUCGGAUUCCCAGGAUUCCCUGGUGCAAACGGCGAGAAGGGAACAAGGGGUCUUACAGGCAAAUCAGGACCAAGAGGACAAAGAGGACCAACGGGCCCCAGAGGACAGAGAGGACCGAGAGGGGCCACUGGGAAACCAGGAGCGAAGGGAACUUCAGGAAGCGACGGCCCUUCUGGUCCACCUGGAGAGAGGGGAUUGCCCGGACCUCAGGGAGCCAAUGGUUUCCCCGGACCAAAGGGACCUCCUGGACCACCAGGAAAGGAUGGACUGCCAGGACACCCUGGACAGAGAGGAGAAGUUGGGUUCCAAGGUAAAAUGGGUCCACCUGGGCCUCCUGGAGUCGUUGGACCUCAAGGCCCAUCAGGAGAGACCGGCCCCAUGGGCGAGCGCGGCCACCCCGGCCCUCCAGGUCCACCUGGAGAGCAGGGACUUUCUGGUCCCUCAGGAAAGGAGGGUACCAAAGGAGACCCUGGACCCCCUGGAGGCCCUGGUAAAGACGGACCCCCAGGACUGAGAGGCUUCCCUGGUGAGAGAGGACUGCCUGGAACCCCUGGUGGUGGAGGACUGAAGGGAAGUGAAGGACCUGCCGGACCUCCUGGACCUGCUGGGUCUCCUGGUGAGAGGGGACAAUCUGGUACUGCUGGGCCUGUUGGACCCCCUGGCAGACCAGGUCCUCAGGGGCCUCCUGGACCUGCUGGAGAGAAGGGAGUUCCUGGUGAGAAAGGCCCGAUUGGCCCGGCAGGUCGCGAUGGCGUGCAGGGUCCUGUGGGUCUGCCUGGCCCUGCUGGCCCAGCCGGAGUGCCUGGAGAGGACGGAGACAAGGGAGAGGUUGGAGAACACGGUCAGAAGGGAGGCAAAGGAGCCAAAGGAGAGCAAGGUCCUCCUGGUCCUCCUGGGCCAAUGGGUCCCGUUGGUCAACCUGGUGCUGCUGGUGCUGAUGGAGAGCUCGGACCGAGAGGUCAGCAGGGGCCUUUUGGAGCUAAAGGUGAUGAAGGAACCAGAGGAUUCCCAGGAGCCCCGGGACCCAUCGGACUGCAGGGGUUGCCAGGACCACCAGGUGAGAAGGGAGAGACGGGAGACGUUGGACCUCUGGGUCCUCCAGGCCCUCCAGGACCUCGUGGCCCUGCUGGACCCAACGGUGCUGACGGUCCUCAAGGUCCUCCCGGUGGUUUGGGUAAUCCUGGACCUCUUGGAGAGAAGGGAGAGCCCGGGGAGCCCGGACCACCUGGAAUCGGAGGGGAGCCCGGAAAGAAGGGUCCUCGUGGAGAGCGUGGAGAGAAGGGAGAGGCUGGACAACCUGGAACUUCUGGACCUCCUGGAGGACGAGGAGGACCUGGAGAUGAUGGACCCAAAGGAAACCCUGGUCCUGUUGGUUUCCCUGGUGAUCCUGGUCCCCCUGGUGAGGUUGGACCCAGAGGUCAAGAUGGCGCCAAGGGAGAGAGAGGAGAAGAUGGCGAACCAGGAGAAUCUGGCUCCCCUGGACCUCCUGGAGAGAACGGACCUCCUGGCCCCCUAGGAAAGAGGGGCCCCGCCGGAACCAGAGGACCAGAGGGACGUCAGGGGGAGAAGGGAACUAAGGGAGACCCAGGUGCUGUCGGCCCUCCAGGAAAAACUGGCCCUGUGGGCCCUCAGGGUCCCCCAGGAAAACCAGGAACAGAAGGUCUCAGAGGACUCCCGGGAUCAGUGGGUGAGCAAGGAUCUCCAGGAGCUGCAGGACAGAAAGGACCACCUGGACCUAUCGGACCUGCUGGUUUGCCUGGUCUGCGUGGAGACCCCGGUGCCAAGGGAGAGAAGGGACACCCAGGUCUUAUCGGUCUCAUUGGACCCCCAGGAGAGCAGGGAGAGAAGGGAGACAGAGGUCUGCCCGGGCCUCAGGGAUCCCCUGGCUCAAAAGGAGAGACUGGAAUGUCUGGAGGCACCGGACCCCUUGGCCCUGCUGGUCCUCCUGGUCUGCCUGGUCCUCAAGGUAUCAAAGGAGCUAAGGGUUCUUCUGGAGGAGCUGGUCCAAAGGGAGAAAAGGGUGUACAAGGACUUCCUGGGCCUCCUGGUCCACCGGGCGAGGUCAUUCAGCCCCUGCCCAUCCAGAGGAGUCCCAAGUCCAAACGCUCCAUCGACGCCAGCCAGCUGCUCCCCGAGAGCGACCCUGACAUGCCUGCAUCCGACGCCGCCGGCACUGAGUUCCUGAUGGGCAGUGAAGGCAUGGAAGAAAUCUUCGGCUCUCUCAACUCACUUCGACAGGAGAUCGAGACCAUGCGUUUCCCUCUGGGCACCCAAGACAGCCCCGCCCGCACCUGCCAAGACCUGCACCUCAGCCAGCCAGACCUCAAAGACGGAGAGUACUGGAUUGACCCCAACCAGGGCUGCUCCAGAGACUCCUUCAAGGUCUUCUGUAAUUUCACUAACGGAGCAGAGACGUGUCUGUACCCCAGCAAGAGCAUCAACACGGUGAAGAUGAGCUCCUGGAACAAAGAGACCCCAGGAUCCUGGUACAGUCACUUUGCCACGGGUAGUAAGUUCUCCUACGUGGACACUAACGGCGAGCCCAUCGGCGUGGUCCAGCUGGGCUUCCUGCGUCUCCUGAGCGUCCAGGCCCGCCAGAACCUCACCUACCACUGCCACCGCUCGGUGGCCUGGGCCGACCGGAGCGCCAAGAACAGCUACGACAGGGCGCUGCACCUCAGGGCCGCCAACGAGGAGGAGCUGAGCUACGAGACCAACCCUUACAUCAAAGCCCUGGUCGACGGCUGCUCUUAUCGUAAGGGCUUUGACAGGACAGUCCUGGAGAUCAACACGCCGCAGGUGGAGCAUCUUCCUCUGCUGGAUAUCAAGGUGUCAGACUUUGGGGAGAGCAACCAGCAGUUUGGCUUUGAAGUGGGACCUGUGUGUUUCCAAGGCUAAAAACACACACACACACACACACACACACACACACACACGCACUUAGAGACACACUUAAAUAUCAAACACACAUGCCCAGUAAUUUGUAAAUUAACUUGUAAAUGAUAUGAAACACACACACUUACACACACAAACCCACAGACACACACACACACACUUACACACGCAGAUGCUGUUGUGAGACAAACACACACUCAAGUACCUGCCUCGGGAAUGCAACAACCUCCCAACAAAUAAUGGACGUCAACAAAAAGAGGAGAGAAAUUAAAAACAAAAACAAAAACAAAAAAACAAACAGCUCGCGGAGAGGAGGCCGGCGUUCAGGCGCACAAACCGCGAGACAGGAAGAAAAACCAGGAGAGAGCGUUCUUCAGAAAAUAAAACUGUUUUCUGUACCAGCAGCCAAAGGGGUCGGCCUGACAACGAGAGCAAGCCGGCGACUCGACCCCCCCCCCUCGGUCUCCGAUCCCCCUCUCACCCCUCUCUCCUCCCCGCUGUCUCCCUCGUUUUCCACUCAUCUCACCUGCUCUACCUCCCCCCCUUCCUCCUCUCUUAAAGGGUCACACUCAGACGUUGUUUCCAUGUUGUUACGCCGUAAGCAUCAUGGCUGACGGUCACUCGAGCUGCCCGCACGCGAGAUGUUUCACACAGUUUCAUCAGUUAACUCGUGUGUGUUUUGAAUCACAGCUUUGGACUUUGUUGUCCAGUCAGUCAGUCAGUCAGUCAGUCAAAUGAGAAGUUGAAAGCUUGUGAAUCAACACGUUGGAGAACCAAAAUCACAUCUGUAGACCCCAAACUGUGAGGGCCGAACGUCGAGCUGUGGAAGCUUUGGUCCGUUUGUCGUCUGGUCCUGUAGGAAAUGAAUGAACGCUCAAGUGACUCGUCAGUCGUGUUGCUCACAGUGAAAAACACACAGUAACUCUGAGCUCUUACAUCAAAAGGAACCAAAGAAUUAAAAAGCCACCAGCUUCCACCCUGAAUUUGAAAAGGGGGAGCUCACCAGGUGACAGCGAUGGUGUGUUUCUGUGAUUUCCUGUUCGCGACAUCCUGCAGUGUUGUUUAAACUGUCUGAAAAUGUGAUUCACAGCUCAAAGUGAUGGUUGAGAAGCCUCUGUGGUGUCGAUGCUGUGAGGUUAAUGGAGUCCAGUGGGACCUUCAGCCCUGACAGCAGCACAAACCCUCUUUGGGUGGUUCAUUUUGUUAGCGUUGGACACCAGCGAGAGUGAAUUUGGAAGCCGUUGUUUUUUGUAAUCUGUGCUGAAGUGUGAUGCGAUUGUGCUUGCAUGUCGAGGGCUGAUUCGUCUUGUUUAAACCAGUUUAAACCAGGGUCACCAGCACACACACACACACCAGUCCAGUAUUUGUCAUGUCGCUUUUGUGUUGCCGAUUCUUUUCCAUCCAGAACACACAGAACAUCAUCAGGGUUUAAAUGUGUAUAUGAGAUUCAAAGUUCCCUCCUUCUUUUCUCAGCGUUGAAUAAAAUGCAUUCUUUACUGAAAGAAAACUGUGUGGCAAGGUGCUAAUUAUACCAAAGCAUAAAAGUUAUAGUAUUUACUUUGAGUCCUGCAUUUUCUUUAGUCUCUUUUACAAUUUCAUGAAGCUUUUUUACUGGGAAAAAUGUGCAUUACAUUCCAUUUGUACAGAGAUAGUGAUAUUCUAUUGUAUUUAUUUAAAACAAACAGGGUGCUUUGAGAUUAAAAAAAAACAACGACCACCAAAUAUUCCAGUCAAAUGUGGUAUAUUUCAUUUGUAUUUAUUUCCUAUAGCUGAUGCUUGAAGGUCAAGUGCAACUCGCUGCCAGCCUGAGUUAUGGUGCUUCUGUUCACACCCUGUCCAAACUCCUUUUGUAGAAACCAAACGAUCUGUGGCCAUAUUUUAUUGUAAUACCCCUUUUUUUUAGUGUUUUCAUCGACUGUACUGUGCUGUUAAAUUUUGCCUCCACUGUAAUGAUUAAAUGGUGACUCUCCAGUUCUGUCAUAUGUCCUUGUCGUUGCUGUUGUUUGAGUUGGCGAGCGCUGGUUUCUGGCUCGGGUUGCUGCUUCACGGGGCUCUGAAACGCAUCAUGGAAGCUCACUUCAGUGAGUCACUGACACACAGUCGCUGAUCUUUUACAUUUCAGUGUGAGACCACGGCGGGCAGGAGAAAGGCUGUGAGGGGGGACUGUGGGUGGCUAAGGGGGGAUAUCAUGCUCGGGUUUUGUUUUAUUUGUUUGUUUUUUAUUUGUUAAAACAUUUCUAUUUAGCAAGGAAAUGGGGGCGGGAUGACCAAAACCUAAAAGAAAUCUGACCUUGAGAUUCUCCAGAGAGAAUGACCUCAAAUAUUUGUCUGUUUUCAUUGUGUUGAAGAUGAACAAUUCAACAUAAAAAUAUGGUGCUGAAAAGAGAAAAAAGGUGUUAUUUUAUAAUGUGUGUAAGUAAUUUUUUAAAUUCUUGUUUCUGUAAUAUAUAAUCUUUUUAAAAAGAGCUGCUUGACUCUUGUUUUUCUUCCUAAUCCCUGUCAUCAGUUAGCUCUCUUUGCCUGUUUCUCAUUUCUACAGGAAGUUUGUUGGCUGUAGGGUUUUUGUUUGUCACCUUGGGAAAAGACAAACAGUACGCACCUCUUAUGUUCUUGUAUGUUUGUUUCAAUUCAAUAUAAACGCAGACGAUAUUGUUUCCUUCGUGAAUCCUGCUUCUUUUUUUAAAAGACUACUGCUUCUACCGAGCCGGGAAGUCUGUUUUAAAUUUGCUGGUAUUUUGGUAAUUGGUUUCCAUCACUUAGUAACUGAUCUUCUCGAUAAGCCUGACGUUGUGACAGCAGGAACCAAAGGUGCAACUUGUUGUAUCUGCCCGGUCACUUAGACGGGAGCACCGGCGGUGUUAGCUCACUUAGACGGGAGCACCGGCGGUGUUAGCUCACUUAGACGGGAGCACCGGCGGUGUUAGCUCACUUAGACGGGAGCACCGGCGGUGUUAGCUGUUAGCUUGCUAGCUUCAGCCGUCUCAUUGCCCGCAUGCUAGCGAAGUGGAUUUGUGAAGAUGUUUUGUGUCGGUUUUGGAGUUAAACACGAGUGUGUGGCUGCGGAUUUUGCCUGUUCAGGACAAAGUUCUGUUUUUAUCGCCCGUAAGUUAAACAUGUUAUGAUGAACGAAGUGUUUCUGCUCUGUUUGCUCUGUUGAUUUGUGCGCAGGACGUAAUUGAUUCGAUUGGACACGUUACAGAUUAAUUCUUGUCUCGGAACAAGUUGUUUUACGAUUAAACCUGAACAGUUUAGUUUCAUGUA